AAUUAAGAUUAAACUAGUAAUUUUUGUGUAUGUAUCUGCAGACUGAUGUACAGUUCACCCCGCACCUUGACAGAGAAAUGAAUAUCACAGUGUUCAGGCGGUUCAGGAUCCUACAAAAUUUUGGUGGUUAUGGAACUGGUCAGAUGAACGAGGAGAACCACUCUCGACGCAUGGUGACCGAGAAGUUGAUGCAGUACGCAUUUCCCGCCUCUCAUAAGCUGCCCUUCUUUGCCUUUGAAUACUGUGAACAAUACCCUGAGAAUGGUUGGAGUGUGUAUGAACCAAUUGCUGAACUCAAGAGACAGGGUCUACCCAACGAGUCCUGGCGCAUCACUCGCAUAAACGAACAGUACGAGUUAUGCGAGACUUACCCGGCAGUGUGGGCGGUGCCAGCGGCGGCAAACGACAACGAUCUACGUAAUGUGGCAGCUUUUAGGAGCAGAGGAAGAAUCCCGGUGCUAAGUUGGAUUCACCCGGAGAGCCAAGCGACCAUCGCCCGGUGUGCUCAGCCUCUCGUGGGUGUGAGCGGGAAGAGGAGCCGUGACGACGAGGCUUACAUACAACACAUCAUGGACGCUAAUGCUCAGAGCCACAAGAUCUUCAUCAUGGAUGCUCGACCAAGUGUGAAUGCCGUUGCCAACAAGGCCAAGGGCGGCGGCUACGAGAGUGAAGAUGCCUAUCAGAAUGCUGAGGUGCAGUUCCUCGACAUACACAACAUCCACGUUAUGAGGGAGUCACUUCGUAAACUACAGGAAGUGUGUUACCCCCACAUUGAUAAUGCUCACUGGCUCAGCAACCUGGAAGCCACUCACUGGUUGGACCACAUUCGCUGUGUGUUGAGUGGGGCACUACGUAUAGCAGACAAGGUGGAGAGUCACAAGACGAGUGUGGUCGUGCACUGUUCUGAUGGCUGGGACCGCACUGCACAGCUGACAGCCCUGGUGAUGGUCAUGCUGGACGGGUACUACCGCACCAUCACCGGUAUAUCAGUUCUCAUAGAAAAGGAAUGGCUGAGUUUUGGCCAUAAGUUUGCUCAGCGCAUAGGACACGGAGAUGACCGUCACCAGGAUGCAGACCGCUCCCCAGUUUUUCUGCAGUUCAUCGACUGUAUAUGGCAGAUCAUGAGACAGUUUCCACAUGCAUUCCAGUUUACUGAAGACUUACUCAUCACUCUCCUAGACCACCUGUACUCCUGCCUCUUUGGUACCUUCUUGUACAACAGUGAACGAGAGAGAAUGGAGAAGGAAGUGAAGACAAAAACCGUGUCUCUCUGGUCGUUGAUCCUCAGUAAUCCGUCAGAUUUUGAGAACCCUUUAUACAACUCGGCAACACGCCACCACGUGCUCUUUCCUCGUACCUCUAUGCGUCACCUGUGUCUGUGGGAUAAGUACUACUGCAGAUGGAAUCCUUCUAUGAGACAACAGGAGCCAGUUCACAUUCGCUUUAAGGAACUACUUCACGUGAAGGGUCAGCUGGAGAAGCGGGUCGAGGAACUGAGGAAGGAACUAGCAGCGAGACAGACCCACGACUCGCCACGUGUGGCAUCAGCAAUUGUGUAAUCUAUGGAAAUUUUGUAAUACUAUAAUGAAUUGAGACAAUAUUAAGAAUGAGGACAUUGAGUGAUAUGGAGAAGAGGUGCAGAAAUGCCUCUGUAAACCACAAGUGCUAUACAGUGUAACCCCGCUUUACGCGGUCAAUUGAACCCACGGAGGCCUGUGUAAAGCGGGAAACGCUUAAAGUGAACAACACAACAUAUGGGAUUAAUUGAAAUAGAGACCGGGCCGACCCCCAAACUCCACUUUUUCCCGGCAAUACGUACGUUUUAGUAAAAAUAACAUCUUAACUUUAUGAUGGUUUGCACACACACAUAAUA